GCUGAGCUGCAUAAGCAGGUGUGCACACACUGUGAUUCCGAUAAGAAACCCGCAGGAAAAGUAGAAAAAGUAAACUGAUCCCGACCGCUAUAUCCAUUAUCUGUGCGUUUCAUGCACACGUCCGCUGACACACAGCCGUCUCCACCCCCAAAAGCAGAUUCCAGUGGAGGGCGCAAGACUCCGACAGCAUGAGCUACGAUGACGACGACUAUCCGGCGGACACGUUCCCCAAGGAUUUCGGCUACCGGGCGUACAACCAGGAUGGCCUCGAACUGGAGCCCAACGCAACGGGCAGCAGCGAGACCAAACCGCGCAUUCUGCUAAUGGGAAUGCGCAGAUCGGGCAAGAGUUCCAUCCAGAAGGUGGUCUUCCACAAGAUGUCGCCGAACGAGACGCUCUUCUUGGAGUCCACCAGCAAGAUCGUGAAGGACGACAUCAACAACUCCAGCUUCGUGCAGUUCCAGAUCUGGGACUUCCCCGGCCAGAUAGACUUCUUCGAGCCGACCUUUGACUCGGACAUGAUCUUCGGCGGCUGCGGAGCCCUCGUCUUCGUCAUCGACGCCAAGGAUGACUACAACGAGGCCCUGACCAAGUUCAAGAACACAGUGCUGCAGGCCUACAAGGUGAACCAGCGCAUCAAGUUCGAGGUGUUUAUACACAAGGUGGACGGCAUCAGCGACGACUCGAAAAUGGAAUCGCAGCGGGAUAUCCACCAGCGGUCGUCGGAUGACCUCAGCGAGGCUGGCCUCAAUCAGAUUCACCUGAGCUUCCAUCUGACCUCCAUCUACGACCACUCGAUCUUCGAGGCCUUCUCCAAGGUGGUGCAGAAGCUGAUUCCACAGCUGCCCACGCUGGAGAACCUGUUGAACAUCUUUAUACCAAACUCUGGCAUAGAGAAGGCCUUUCUGUUUGAUGUCGUUUCUAAGAUUUACAUAGCCACGGACUCCUCGCCCGUAGACAUGCAGACCUACGAGCUCUGCUGCGACAUGAUCGACGUGGUCAUAGAUCUGUCCAGCAUAUACAGCUCCGAGGAAACGGCCUUUGAUAGCGGCAGCUCUAGUCUCAUCAAGCUGAACAACAACACGAUACUCUACCUGCGGGAGGUGAACAAGUUCCUGGCUUUGGUCUGCAUACUGCGCGAGGAGAACUUCAACCGGCAGGGCGUGAUCGACUACAACUUCAUCUGCUUCCGGGACGCCAUCAGCGAGGUGUUCGAGCUGCGGCUGAAGCGCCAGAAGCAGCUGGAGAACAACGACCAGGACGACGACGAUCUGGUCGACGAGCAGACCCUCAUUCGCCAUGGCCAUGACGCAUCGGGGAUGUCGCGAGCGCAGCCGAUCAAUUAGGCGCCCUCCAGCUUCCAGCGGCGAGCCCCAUUUAUUUCCCCCUAUGCUACUUCUCUGUGGACACUUCGAUUCCAAUUUGUACGUUCUCUUUCGUUAUAUCUGCUGUUACUUUUGUCUACUGAUACGUUAAGGCGCCACUCUCACAGAGCAGCGUAACAAAUUGCCCAGCGGUUGAAAUUAAUGAUAAUACUACCAAUAAAUAUGUCUAUUUUUAAAUACAAA